AUGGAACUUCUUUCUUGCUUGAGCAAGAAAGCUAACAAGAAACUUUCUUCCUUAAAAGCUUGUUCAUGGCGUUCGCUGUGCUUCCUCUUCGACUUCUUCCUCUUCCGCUGCGACCCCUUCUUUGUUCAAAUCUGCUACUUCCUUCUAACUUCCUUUUUCGGCUUCCUCGCGCUGAGGAUUCUCACGCCGAAUAGCAACGCUGAGCAGGGUCAUCCUAGGAACUUGGACUUCUUCUUCAUGUCGGUCUCCGCCGCCACCGUUUCGAGCAUGUCCACUGUGGAAAUGGAGUCCUUCUCCCCGGCCCAGCACUGGGUCCUCGUCAUCCUCAUGUUCAUCGGCGGCGAGGUCUUCACCUCCGUGCUCGGCCUGCACUUCACCAACCUCUAGCUAAAGCGCGAAAGCGA